AACCAAAUAUUUAGCUGUCCUCUUCAUCGUCAAUCUUCUCUCUGAUCUCCAAGCUGGAGGAGCUGCAAUGGCACUGGUCCUUGUGAUCCUCCUCAUCGCCAGGGGUCUCUUCAUGUUCACCUUCAAGUCCACACAGCCCAAUGUGGAGGGCUUCGCCUUGGUGCUGGGGACCUCGCUCAUUGGUGGCAUUCGCCGAACCCUCACCCAGACAUUCCUGCAGAAGGCUGAUCUUGGCUUCCAGGACUCCAUCGACAGCAUGCUCCACCUGCAGCCGCUCAUGUUUCUGGGGCUUUUCCCUCUCUUUGCUGUAUGUGAAAGAUACAGGGCUGCUCCUGGGGUACUUGGGAGCCUCUUCCUUGGUGGGCGUCUCACCUUUGGUUUGGACUUCUCUGAGUUCCUCCUGGUCUCCAGACCCUCCAGCCUCACUCUCUCCAUUGCUGGCAUUUGGAAGGAAGUCUGCACUUUGCUGUUGGCAGCUCAUCUGCUGGAUGAUCAGAUCAGCCACCUGAACUGA